UACUCCGUGCUACCAGUGAUCGCCGAAAAAACCGAUGUGACACCGAUUAUUGUUAUUGAAAAUCCAGAUAAACAAAUAUUAUAAACAUAAUUGUUUCUUGUCAAAUUAUAAUCAUGAAAUUUAGAUGUAGAAUGAUUGACAUUGCAGCUAUGCGUGAUUUUACAAGUAAGUCCAUUCAUCAUGAAGGACUUAUUCGCAUUCUAAUGAUUUAUAGAUAUUGUUAACACGGUAUCACGAAUGUCGAAAAAGUGUGUGAUACGUUUAACCCCAGAAUUUCUUUGCUUCAAUAUUGGUGAUGAACACGUUCCUGUAGUCUGGGCAGAGCUUCGCCAAGCCCGUUUCUUUCACGAAUAUGAACUUACUGGCGCAUAUCAAGAGCAGAACGAAAUUUAUUUGGAAUUAGACACACUGAUGCUUGCUAGAAGUGUCUCUUCUUUAAAACAAAAUGCAAAAAGUGCUAAGAUAAAACUGUCAAAUAAACAGCAACCAUGUCUUACAAUUGAAAUCGAAUUACCCUCCUCGAGCAUGGAUUCAAGACAGUGUGUUCAUGACGUUCCUGUUCAAAUAAUUCCUCGAAGGCAGUGGAAUGAAUAUCAAGCACCUAAUAUUCCCGAAUUUGACAUAUCACUGGAAAUGCCUCAGUUGAAGCACGUUCGCAACAUGGUUGAGAGAAUGAAAAAUAUGAGUCCAUUUCUGAUUUUAGGGACACACAGAGAUGGAAAAUUAAUUCUUAAAGUGGAAAAUGACGUUGCAAGUAUUGCAACAUAUUUUCCCAAUUUAAAGGUCUGGUGUAGAUCAAAUUUGGAAGAAGAAAUUUCAGCCAGUGUUGAUAUAAAAAAAUUCCAUACCUUUCUGUCUUGGGAUAUAAUACAUCCGGAUAGUGUCAAGUGUAAUAUUCUUCAUGACAGGACAGUUAACUUGCAUUUGUGUUCAGAAGGAUACCUAACCAUACACUACUUCAUGCCAGCGAUUGCUUCUUGAUUGGUGACAGUCAACAACACUUAUCAAGUGGAAGCCUUAUUAAUAGAAAAUAUUUAAAUAAUAUAAAAAUAAAAAAUAUAUUUUUUAUUUAUUAA